GUGAAAUAUUCUCUACUUAUGAAGCGACGCUCAGUCUCAGUUUUACGUAGUUAACAACGGAGACUUAUAUUCAUCCCCUCAAACCUCGCCUCCUUCCACCCACCAUGAGUACAACUACCACCACCAGAGAAGAAGCACCACUCGACAUCUCCACACUCUCUGAGGAAGAAAGAAAAGACCUCAUAAUUGCAGACACCGUCUCCAUCGCCAGCGACACUAACCUCGCCGUCUCCACCCCGCCCUUCACACUCACCAAAACACUCCUCAUCAACGCCAGAGGAAUCGGCAUCGUGCGCCCCUUCAUCUCAACCAGCGAGCGCUCUAUCUCAGUCACCAAACCAGACGGUACUCUACUGUACACAUCGACGCGCGCACAAAGCUGCUCAGGGACUUGCACACUUACCGACGCCGAGGAGAAUCGCUUGAUCGGGACCGAGUACUUUUUUGGCCCGGGCAGAGACCCCGUACUGCAAAGACUGGAUCGUGAGGGGUGCGAGAUCAAGACGCUGUCCAAGUGGACCAGCAGGAACCAUAUCUUCAUGCUCCCGGAUGGGCGCACGUGCGAGUGGCGGUACAAGAGGGAGAAGGGGUUUGGUUCAGGAGGUGCGACGGGGACUGCGCUUCUGCUUAGUGUGCAGGGAGUGAGAGCGGCGCAGCUGAUUCGGAAUGAUGAGACGAGGACGUUGGGGAGUAAGAGCUGUAGCGCUGGGAACGGGGGUGAGCUACAGCUGGGCGAGGAUGUAGGUGGGAAGAUGGGUGUCGAAGAGGAUGUGGUUGUUGCGACGUGCUUGUUGAUGUUGAAGAAGGAGAUGGACCGUAGGCGGUGUGUUCAGCUCAUCGUGCCGGCUGCUAUCAUCCUCUAGUUCGGGAUGUAAGUGCAGGAAGGUGUAAGUCGAUAAUCACUGUCUUGAGAGAUUCCAACUUGUUUCCUUAGAGCCAAGUAAUUCCAACGCAGUAUUGUCUU